AUGAAUAGAUAUGAUUAAGCAUUAGUAGAUUAUGAUUUAGCUAUUCAAAAAAACCCAGAAAAAGCCAACUAUUAUCAUGGAAAAGGUAUAAAUUGUAAUGAACUUUUUUUUAGCAAAUAUUUUAUCCUAAAUGAAGAGAUAUGAGGAAGCAUUAAAAUAUUAUGAUUAAGCAAUUCAGAGAGACCCUGAGAAUUCAGACUAUUAUUUAGGCAAAGGUAAGAACUAUGAUGAAUAUUUUGUUAGCAAAUGCUUUAUUCAAAAUAAACAGACAUUAAGAAGCUUUGGAAUAUUUAGAUUCAGCUAUUCGAAAAAACCCAUAAAAAGCUAACUUAUAUCAUUGCAAAGGUAUAGAUUAUGAGUUAUUUUUUCUCAGCAAAUGCUUUAUUUAAAAUGAAUAGAUAUGAAGAAGCAUUAGAAUAUUAUGAUUAAGCUAUUCAGAAAAAUCCAAACAAUACAGACUUUUAUAUUGGCAAAGGUAAGAACUAUGAUGGUAUUUUUUUUUAGCAAAUACUUUAUAAAAAAUUAAUAGAUAUGAAGAAGCAUUAGUUUAUUAUGAUUCAGGUAUUAAGAAAAACCCAGAAGUCGCUGAAUAUUAUAAUGGCAAGGGUAUAAAUUAUGAUGGAUAUUUUAAAAAGCAAAUACGUUAUACAAAAUGAAUAGAUAUAAAGAAGCUUUGGAAUAUUUUGAUUAAGCUCUUUAACGAAAACCAAAUGAUGCUCAUUAUUAGAAUAAUAAAGGUACAAGUUAUGAGGAAUAAUUUAUGAGCAAUUACUUUACAAUAGUUAAAUAGAUAAGAAUAAGUCUUAGUUUAGUAUGAUAAACCUAAUCAGAAAAACCCAUAAAAUGCAGACUAUUAUUUAGGCAAAGGUAUUAAAAAUGAUUAAUUUUUUUUAGCAAAUAAUUUAUCCUUAAUUAAUAGAUAAGAUGAAGCCUUAUUAUAGAAUGAUAAACCUAAUCAGAAAAACUUAGAAACUGCAGACUAUUAUUAAGGCAGAGGUAUUAUAAAUGAUGACUAUUUUUUUAGCAAAUAUUUUAUCCUAAAUGAAUAGACAUUUAGAAGCUUUAGAAUAUUAGAAUGUGGCUAUUCAGAGAAACCCUUUGAAUUCAGACUAUUAUUUAGGGAAAGGUAUAAUAUUUGAUGAAUAUUUCUUAGCAAAUAUUUUAGAAAAGAUGAAUAGAUAUGAGGAAGCAUUAGAAUAUUAUGAUUAAGCUAUCCAGAAAAACUCUNUCGUUUCCUAACACCAUUAAUCAUUAAUUUUGAUUAUAUCUAUUGGUUUAUUAUGUAAUCACCCUAAUUUUAAAUUAAAUUAUUCAAACAAUCAAAAAAACUAUAAUUUGCCAUCUUUUUCCAAUAUUUAUCAGACUUUUUUGAAAAUCAUUUUACUCUAUUUUCCAAAUUAUCCAAUUCUUACAUUAUUGUUCCUAAUAACUUCUAAGCUUUGA